GAGGCGUUAGAGAGUAGCUAUCGACCACAGUUAACCAACCGCAAGCUUCCUCUGAGGACGCGAUGGACAAAUCUCCCUACGUUCACCUUGUGGAGAAAAUGGCAAAGAGGGACAUUGACAAAAAGGUUUUUGUUAACAGAAGUCUGACACUGGAAAAUAUCAAGUGCUAUGGCUUUGACAUGGACUACACACUGGCAAUGUAUAAAUCUCCUGACUAUGAGAGCAUGGGCUUUGAGCUGUUAAGAGACAGAAUGGUUUCAGUUGGAUACCCUCAUGAGCUUCUCCGCUACACAUAUGACCCCAGUUUUCCCACUCGUGGAAUCGUCCUAGACACCACAUUAGGGAACCUGCUGAAGGUGGAUUCCAACGGCAACAUCUUAGUCUGCAGUCAUGGUUUCAGCUUCUUUAGAGAGGGAGACAUUGAUUUCUACUACCCAAACAAGUUCAUUCAAAGAGAUGACACUGACCGGUUUUACGUUCUUAACACCCUCUUCAAUCUGUCAGAGACUUAUCUUUAUGCCUGUCUUGUUGAUUUCUUUACCCGAUGCUCCAGAUACACCAGCCUGCGGAAAGGUUUCCAACAUGGCGACUUGUUCAUGUCCUACAGAAGCAUGUUCCAGGAUGUUCGAGACGCAAUGGACUUUAUUCACGAUACAGGGAUCCUAAAAGAGCAGACAAUCAAAAACUUGGACAAAUAUGUUGUUAGAGAUCCAAACAUCCCUGUGCUCCUGACUCGAAUUAAAGAGGUGGCAAAGAUUUUCUUGGCCACUAACAGUGACUACAACUACACAGAGGCCAUCAUGAAGUACCUACUGGAAGGUGAAGCAAAGCCUGGAAGCCCCAAGAAGCCCUGGCGCUCCUACUUUGACCUUGUUGUUGUUGAUACCAGAAAACCACUGUUCUUCGCAGAUGGCACUGUGCUCAGACAAGUUGACACGAACACAGGAAAGCUGCGGAUUGGGACUUACACUGGCGACCUGCAGCUGGGCACAGUUUACUCUGGAGGAUCUUCAGACCUCAUUACUGAUCUGCUGGAUGUCAGAGGCAAGGAUAUCCUCUAUGUUGGAGAUCACAUAUUUGGAGACAUCCUUAAAUCAAAGAAACGCCAAGGCUGGAAGACCUUCCUUGUUGUACCUGAGCUAACCAAGGAGCUGCAAGUUUGGGAGGAAAGGAAAAAUAUUUUUGAGGAGCUGAAACGUCUGGACUUCUACUUAGCUGAACUGUACAAGCAUUUAGACAGCGGCAGCAAAGACUAUCCUGACAUCAGCAGCAUUCAGAAAAGAAUAAAGGUGCUGACCCACAGAAUGGACAUGUCCUAUGGGCAAAUGGGCAGCCUUCUGCGCAGCGGCUACACACAGACCCUGUUUGCCAGUCAGCUGAUUCGCUAUGCAGAUCUCUACUCCUCCACCUUUAUCAACCUCCUCUACUACCCCUUCAAUUAUCUCUUUAUGGCUCCUCCAGUCCUGAUGCCCCAUGAGACAGCUUCACAAAACUCUGCAGACGUUGCUUCAACAGAGCAGAAUGUGAACAACCAUGUGAUCACAUCGCACAGAAACUAAGAUAUGGAAGGAUGGUCAGAUCCCUUACGACCCCAAGCGCGCCAUCUACUGGAUAAAUAUUGUGGAGCCUUUAAAAGGUUUACUCUGAAAGGUUUAAGAUUUUUAUUGCAAGAAGGAGUGUUUUAUAGGGAAUAUUGCAGGAUGCACUUUUAUUCUAAGGUUUGUUUAAUGGUUUUAAAAACACUUUAUUUAUUCAUUGUUAGUGCAACAUCUGCUGAAUAAAGUCAAUAAAUCAGUUAUA